AUGGGCACCCUGGCCUUUCCCAUGGCCUUUUUCCUCCUCUGCUUGACUCUGGAGAGCGUGCAAGGUGGAUAUGGCCCCCCCAGUGGCCUGGGAGCAGGAUUCUGGAUCUGGAAUGGGCUGGGAGCCCAGCCAGGCCCCCCAGCUCAGUAUGGCUACGGAGCAGGGAGAGGCAUUGGAGCGGGUGUGAAGCCCCAGAAGCCAGGGUUUGGAAAUGGGGAUGGGCUGGAAGCUGGGGCCCUUCCAGGGGCUGUGACCCAGCCAGGAUUUGGGAGCAGAAAUGGUUUGGGAGUCUGUGCUUUUCCAGGGGCAGGAACCCUGCCAGGUCUGGGAGGGGGAAUGAAACCUCAAAAGCCAGGCAUUGGAGGGGGCACGAAACCUCAAAAGCUAGGCUCGGGAGGGGGCAUGAAGCCUCAGGAACCAGGAUAUGGCAAUGGAGUUGGCCUGGGGACCCCCGAGCCAGGCUUUGGAGGGGGCAGAAAACCCCAGAAGCUGGGUGAGACCCACCCUCUUGCCUCCCAACCUGGUCUCACACAGCAAACACUCAUUCACCAGACCAGUCCUGGCCCGCAGCAACCAGGCUAUGGAGGGGGUGUGAAGGCCCAGAAGCCAGGAUUCGGAAAUGGGAGCAUGCUGGGAGCCCAGCCAAGCCGAGCAGCCCAGAAUGGAUUUGGAGCAGGCUUUAGAGAGGGCGUGAAGUCCCAGAAGCCAGGAUAUGGGAACAGGCUGGGAACUGGGGCCUUCCCUGGGCCAGGAACCCAGCCAGGACAUGGAAAUGGGAAUGGACUGGGAGCCCGGCCAGGCCUGGAAGUGAACGCGAGGCCUCAGAAGCCAGGUCCUGUGGCUCAGGACAGCUAUGGACUGGGCUAUGGAGAGGGCAGGAAGUCCCUGAAGCCAGGCUUUGGAAACAGGAAUGGGCUGGGGGCCCAGUCAGAAGAAGCCAUCCCAGGUCUCCUGGGCAGCUUGGAGUUCACCACCCCUCCCUUCCUCCCACUUCAGGUCCCUGCGGUGGGGGGGGUCGCUCCACUGUUCCUCCCCAGGCCUGCCACUCCAGAGGUCCCUUCGGAUAACGAGGGUGACUGGGGCCUCAAAUCCCAGCCCCCUCCCCCUGUGCAGAACGGCAAGUUCCCAGGAUACCGGCCUCCCAAUGGCUAUGGACUGGCAGUCUCCCCAGGCUUUGCUUGUGGCCUCAAGCCUCAGAAAGUUGGUUUUGGUUAUGGGACUGGUGUUCUGGAAGCUGGGGUCUUCCCCGAGGCCUGCCCACAGCCAGGGUUCCCUGGGGCCCACAGCUUUAGGAACGGGUAUGGGGAAGAAGCUCUUGUGUACCCCAAAGCCGCUCCAGCCCCUGAAGAAGACGGUCAGGCCCGGGCCCUGUGGGGCUCUCCCUGGCCCGCCCUCCAGCCAUGGGGGUCCAGCUCGAAGCCAGGAUAUGCGGCUGGAGGCACAUUUGCAGGGGUCAGGAGCCAGCCAGGGCUCUAUGGGCAGCUGAGGUCAGAGCUGGGCCCUGGGCCCUUUGGUGAGGGCGCCCACUGCGCGCGUGCAGCGCCUGGUCUGAAGGACCGUUGCCGGGAGGAUGGCGAGGGCGGAGGCGGUGCCGCGACAGACGGUGAUUGGCUGGAACCGGGGGAAGGCGGGAAGAAGAACUUGCCUGAACGCGCUGACGUCUCUGAUUGGCUGCUAAGGGGAGAAGGAGGCUGCCGGCGGCGCGCGCGGGGCCCUGGGGCGGCGGCGGCCAAGCUGGCGGCGCCGCUACCCCGCUCCCGCUCGCACCUGCGGCUCGCCCGCGCCCGCUCGCGGCUGGGCCGGGCCCGUCCGUCGCUGCCGCCGACCCCGCCGCCCGCGCCGUCGCUGCCGCACCCGCCGCUGCCCUGCCUGCCGCCCGGCCUCAGCCCCGCGCCGCCGCCGCCGCCGCUCUCGGCGCUCGCGCUGGCCGAGCUGCCCCCGCUGCCCGCGCUACCGCUGCGGCCCGAGCUGCCAACGCCCUGGGGCCCCGGCGCGCACCUGGCGCUGCCCGAGCUGACCUGCCGCGCCUGCCCGCUCCCGCGCCGCCACCCGCGCACCUGCCGCUGCCGCCGCUGCCCGAGGCCGCCGCCGCUCCCGGGCCCGUGA